CAUCACAUUUCAACUAGCUGUUCAGCAAGUAACAAGUGAAAAAAAAAUCAAAAUGAAAUUCGUUAUCGUAUUCGCCGCCCUCUUCGCCGUCGCUUUGGCCGCUCCACAAAGCAACCCAGCUGACGCUCAAGCCACCAUCGUCGAACAAAACUCCGACAUCGACCCACAAGGAAACUUCCAAUACUCAUCAAAGACAUCAAACGGAAUCUCGGCCCAAGAACAAGGACAAUUGAAACCAAACCCAGCCCCAAAAUCAGCUGAAGACCCAUCAGCCUUCAUCGCUGUUCAAGGUUCAUUCUCAUACACCGGCCCAGACGGUCAACAAUACACCGUCAACUACGUUGCUGAUGAGAACGGUUUCCAACCACAAGGCGCUCACUUGCCAGUUGCUCCAGUUGCAUAAGUCAAUCCAAUACAUCGAUGAUUUAAUGUGAACACCAGACAUUUUUAUACAAAUAACAUCCUGUAUAGAUUUGUCUGAGCACUUAGUUAAUAAAUUGAAAAAAGUCGCAGAAAAAA